CAACCUGACCAGACGAUGGCGCUACUCACAGAACUGCGGCCAUGACAGGUUAUAAAAAUCCUGUCGGUACUCUGGCACCAAAGCGGAAGUACUUCAUUGGUCCGCGAGGACAACAUUCACUUGAGUGAAACAGCAAGAUGGCUCACAGACUUCUAGCACGUAGAAUUUGGACACUCUCUACGAAAGAUAUCCGCUGCCUCCGAGCAUCCACUGCCACCACAGCCUGCUCUUCUUUUUCCACCUCCCUGCAGUCUGCCACAACACGGGUCUCCUUCCUCUCUCCCUCACGCACUCUGCCUCGCUCCCUUCUUCAAACCUCCCGACGGGAAGUCUCCUUUAACGUUCAGGACCACGAGGACUUCACAGAGAGAGUCAUCAACAGUCAACUGCCUGUGCUGAUUGACUUCCAUGCACAGUGGUGUGGUCCCUGUAAGAUCCUUGGACCGAGGUUGGAGAAGGCUGUUGCAAAACAGAAAGGCCGUGUUGCCAUGGCAAAAGUUGACAUUGAUGAUCACACAGACUUGGCUAUCGAAUACGGGGUGUCUGCCGUUCCAACAGUAAUCGCCAUGCGGGGAGGUGACGUCAUCGACCAUUUUGUGGGGAUCAAAGAUGAUGAUGAGCUGGACUCAUUUGUCAGCAAGAUCAUUGGACAAUAAACCAGCUUUCACCACCGUUAUGGUGCCGUUUUGUAUGAUUGUGGCAUGGUUAGCAGCCCUCAGCUGUCACUGUGAGCCUGUUAAGCAGCAGCCAAAAACAAUACAAGAAACUCCGCCACAGUCCCAGCUGGCAAACUUUCAGAUGCUCACACCCAUCCCAAGACAUGUUUCUUCUGCUGUUUCUUUUGUCUAGUGUUGGGUGUGUGCCUCCAUCAGCGUUUUUAGUUUGUGCUGAGCUCCAUUUUGCAGAAGUUAAAUUUCUCUCUCAUAAUGUGACAGCUCCAUGGCUCCAUUCGCAGCUGGGCCGGUGUCUAACAGUUUGCUGUAAAAGUCUGUAGAAUGGAAAAUAAACCUCUGUACUGCACUUGUACUUUAUAACAUGAGGGAUGAACAUGUCUAGUUUUAGUGGUGGGGAGAAUUUAACUUAAAAGCUGAGGAUACUGAAUGAGGUUUGUGACAGUGUUACCGUUAGUUCCUGCUUUUGUCCACAUGAUGGUGGCAUUUCUCUAACAUCGCAAAACCACACGUGGUCAUUUUACACCAUUACGCCUAAUAAUGUGAGAAAGGAAUACAUGUGUUUGUGUGUAUGUGUGUCUCUGGGUCCUGACUGUGAAGUCAAGAAAAUUGAAAAUAUGAGUUUGAUUUCAUUUAUUUCUGAAAUGACCUCUGUUUACCGGAAACAUGACCAAGUGAAGUACAGUAAUAAAGAAGUUCUGUAAAAAAAAAAAAA